AUAAUGAAAGCGCCGCAUUCAAAGCGGCCGCGCGCUGCACCAGAAUCGGCAAGGUCUACACAGCUAGAGAAACCGUUAAAGCUUGCUGCGUUCCUCGAUCUCAAUUGGUUCGCUAGUUUUCCACAAGGCAUCCUCGAUAUGAAGGCCAUCACUGCCGUGGAAGCCUGGGGAGACAAUCGCGAAGGCAGCGCCGUGGUGAGGCAGUAUCUGAAACUACUUCGCGUGCUGGGCUGCUGCUUCGUGGAGGGCCUAUUCUCCGAGGACGCGUCUCAGCUGGAAGCCAACCGAUGCUCCUGGUACCUCGCCUACAGCGCGCUCGUCCUUUCGGCGCUGUGGACCACCGCGGUCGUCAACAUCGUCCGCUUCCUGGUGGACGGCACCAUAAUGUCCGAGAUCCUGGCCAUCGCCUGCUUCAUGUACGUCGUCCAGCUCACGAGCGUGGUCGGGCCGGCUUUCUUCAACGCGCCGACCAUCGUGCGGGCCUUGGCGAAGAGUGCCCGCUUCGAGCUCGGGAACCCCAGCCGGCGCUUGGUGGACGAGCUUGGCCGAGAGAAGUCACCCAACAGGUCUGGACGCCGCCUGCCGGAAGCGUACGAGCGCCGUCUUCGCCGGAACUGCGUGGCAGUGGCGGUUUUCAUCGUGGGCCAGAUCGCCAUGAAGGUCUACUUUCUCGUGAUGAUCUUCCUCCCGCUGGACAGCGCUGCCAGCGUGGCUCGCUUCAGCGCCAUCUUGGCCAUCAUGGCGGUGGCGACCGUCUGGUCGGGCGCUCCUGCCGUCUGCACGACUCUGGUUGGUCGCUGGCUUAGCGCCCACGUCCGCCUUAUUCGUACGAACCUGGAGACUGUCGCCGCACAGAGACAGCACCGAGACAGCGACCGCGUCUCCGGCGGCACGCCGCUCUUCACCGCCGACAUGCUGGUGGCGACGCGGCGGGACCUGUCCGAGCUGCGACGCAUCCUCCGCGCCUGGAACGGCUCGCUGCAGCCCGGUCUGCUGGCGCAGUUCGCCAGCGACUCGCUGGGCAUGUGCACCGCCCUGUACAUCCUGCUGGCGGGCGAACAGCGCUGCGUCCGCGUCGUCGCGCAGGCGCUGGUGCGGUCGGCGCUCGCCGGGUUCGUCCUGUUCGUGGCCACCUGGAGCUCGGACGACGUCGCCAAGCAGGUGGAGAAGCUUAAGUACAACAUUGACUCGUACGUGGAAAGCGGUCUCGUGUGCCCUCGGUCACGGAAAGAGUUUCAGACAUUUCUGCUAUCAUUGAGCAGCAAAGAGUUCCUGUUCACGGCUACUGGAUUUUUCGACUUGAAGCUGUCCCUAUUGUCGAAGCUUGCCGGCGCCGUGUUUAUACACACUACCAUCCUCAUCCAGAUGAUGCGCCUUGGUCGUGGCUGCGUCGGAACCGGGGUCCCUUCUGCGAAACAAGGCGAAGACGAAAUGGGCGAGCACGGGAGGAAUUACAUUGCAUCGUACUUCUACUAGAAAAUUUGUUUCUGCUGUAAAGCUGCAUGGAUAAACAAAAGCCGCCGUAUAAGAAAACGUAGGUACCUAAACAGAGCAGCAACGCAUUGGUGGGAACGCGAAUAUACGUAUACAUUCGUAACUCGCGUACUUGUCUCACAAACUUGCAUUAAGGCGAAUCUGCUGCUCGGAAGCCUCCGUUUACUGUACUCGCCUACAACUGAGAAACGCUUUCCGAGAUCCGCAGUUGCGCAAAAGUCGUAAUGCGUGCAGUGCGUUCGCGUCGCUUCGUCGUUUUCGCGGCCAACCGCAGCGCGCGCCCGCGCAUGCGCUGUCGAUAGCGGGACAGCACGGCGGCGGCGGAGGGAAUGGGCCGCCGGUGACCGUAUAAAUGCUGUCGCACUAAAUGGCGCCACUUUCGCAAGAUGGUGCGCACAAGUUGAAAAGAUGUAUAAUUGCUACGGUAGCAAAACAUAUUAAAACACACUCACGAAGAACAAUGCCAAUGACGCGUUUGUCCGUAAUGAUAUUCCUUGCUGUUCUUUCGAAGGCGCAUGCUUUGACACAACCGUCCUCCUCACCAUCGACGAAGUGAACUGUUUGCAAUGAUCUAUAGUCGGGGACGCCCUCAGAAUCACAAUCAGGUUCCACCCACACAGUCCAUCUGUCCUUCACCUCUGAAAAAUAGCCGAACGAGCUGGAGUCACUUCUCACCGCUUAAUGACCUUGCUCUGCUAAUGGAAACAAUACGCUUAUUGGAAAAUAAAAGCGAGUUGUCUCAAGCUAAAACGUUACACGUGAAUGAGAAGUCCUAUCAGAAUUUACAAUGAAA